GAACGAGACAUUAUACCUUCAGAAUGGGAAUAAAAAGCGCAUAGAGUAGAAUAAUCGGGUGGAUGAUUUGGCCCACUAAAUGCAGCUAAACCUACAAACACGGGCAAAGAGAGCCCAACGGAAGAAGGCUGCGAGAAACGUGUUACAACUGAAAAAUACUAGAGGCUUCAACUGUGACAAAGCCGUUUAAAACAAGUGUACAGCCUCAUCAUGUCCAGCUCGCUCCUAUGGGCAGUGGACGUAUACGGGAAGGUGUACAGCCUAUCCACCACCAGAGGGCGCUGGGAGCGUGACGAGGACACCCUCCUGGAACUAAAGCGUGUUACCGCUGGACAGAGGUGCAGCUGGGGAAUUGGCUGUGACCACCAUGUUUACCUCAAUAUCGACCCUGGGGAGGUGCCAAUUCGCUAUCGAGAGGAGACAUAUGAGAACCAGAGGUGGAACCCAGUGGACGGCUUCACUGACGUGCUGCUGCCCACUGACCGUUGGGCCUGGAGUGACCUCACAGGGGGGACCGCCCAGCCGCUUCACAGCUUCCUGUUGCCCUCAAACAGCUGGGAGUGGGAGGGGGACUGGUACGUUGACCAGGUCUGCGCUGGAGGAGACCCCAUUGAAACUGGGGGCUGGGAGUAUGCAGUGGACUUUCCUGCUAACUUCUCCAGAGAGAAGAAGUGGAACUCGUGUGUUUGUCGCAGGCGAUGGAUUAGAGACAGGAUAUACAAAGCCAGAGGCUCUUGGACUAAGAUCCCCUUGGACCACCCCAAGCAGCCCCCUCUUCCCCUCAGUGACGUUAGCUGUGGAGGCUGGGAGAUGAGCGACCAACCCGGGCGAUAUCACUUCCUGUGGGGUGUGUCCCAACAAGGACAGGUGUGGUUCAGGAGUGGCAUCCUGCCACAGGUCCCCGAGGGCCAGUGCUGGGAGCAGGUGGAGGCCCCCAGGGAGGUGGCCCAGAUCUCUGCCGGACCAGGGGACUUGCUCUGGGCUGUACUCUGGGACGGACAGCUACUGGUCCGUACAGGCAUCUGCCUGGACAGCCCUACAGGUUCCUCCUGGGUGGUGGUGGAUUCUCCCCCAGUAAACGAGGGCGGAACCAUCCAUGUUGCUGUGGGGGUCAGUGUGGUGUGGGCCGUCACUAAGGACUACAAAGUGUGGUUUCGGCGGGGGGUGAACUCCCAUAACCCCUGUGGCUCAGGAUGGAUCAGCAUCGGUGGGGAGAUGAUGAUGGUGGAUGUGGGACUCAAUGACCAGGUGUGGGGAGUUGGAGAGGACCGUGGUCUGUAUUUCAGGAAGGGUGUCACCGCAUCGGAGCCCAGUGGUAGGGGCUGGAUACCUGUUUCUGCCCAAUGGGGUCACAGCAAAGAGAUGGUCCAACCCAGUGCUGGCUGUGAGUUCGGGGGACAGGUGACCAAUGCUUCCCAUGGCUCUGUUCUGACCUGCGAGGACUCAGGGGACACAGAGCUCCUCCUCACCACCAUCCCCCCGAGGCCACAGGACACCCCCAAAGCCUUCAUCCCCACCAGUGACAGCUUCAUCUCCAGCCUGGUGGCUGACCGUGAGCCCCUGAGGACCCCCACACCCUCCCCCAAAAAGCCACCCCAGGGGAAGGACAGCGAGGCCACCCCAGCCCCGAUGUGCAAUGUGGACCUGGACGCAGCUCAGAGCCCCCAGGGAGAGGCAUCUUCUCUUGGCAGAGCAGGGGACGUGGGACCCCCCUCAGUGGCCACCUACCCCCUGGGUCUGGAGCCCCCUCUGGGUUUGGGGGAGGAGGAUGGGCCUGUAUGGGCCUGGAUCUCUGGUGGAGGCUGUGAUGUGGACCAUACAGCUCAGAUGACCUGGCUCAGGCCUGCAGACCCAUGCUCCACUGCCCUGUCCAUUGCCCCUGUUGAACCAGAAGCCUCGACAGCUAGGAAGGCCGAGACCACCACCAGUAAGGAGCCAGUGGAGAGAAGCGCGUCUGUGUGGGUGAGGAAGGGCAGCAUGCGCUGGUGGAGGGACUGGAAGCCCUAUCGCUGGGUGGAUGUGUGCGUGGCCCUGGAGCAGUCCACCAACGUCAAUGGCAAGAGGGAUGCCAUCUUCUUCAUCUACUUCACCCAGUAUGACGAGAAGAAGUACCUCCAUGUGUUUAUAAGUGAUGUGACGGUGCUGGUUCCUGUGCUGAAGGAAAACUCCCAUCAUGCCUUUGCGGUGUACACGUCAGAUAGCACAAAACAAAGAUGGCCGCUGAUCCUGGCUGCACAGACUGAGAAGGACAUGGCUGACUGGCUGUCCCUGUUGGCUGGGUGCUGCUGUGAGGCCAGAGGGAUCUGGGGAACCCCCUCCCGACAGGCCCUGUGGUCAGUCACCUCCAAGGGGGACGUGAUGGUCCACGAGCCCUCUCCCUGUCUGGAGGCCCCGGCACACACCUUGCCCUGUGACAUGAUGUUUUGGCUGCAGGUCCCGGGCCACCUGCGCUGUGUAGAGUCUAACAGUCUGGGUGUGGUGUGGGGGAUCGGGUAUGACGGCACCGCCUGGGUCUACUCUGGUUCGGGCAGCGCUGCUGAGGAAGAGCCCCCUCAGGGAGACAGUCGUAUCCUGCACACACAGACAGAUGGAAGGACUGUGUACGUCUAUGAGAACCAGCGAUGGAACCCUGUGACCGGAUACACAGACAAGCUUCUCCCCACAGACCGGUUCCCGUGGAGUGAUGACACCGGUUUUACAGAGUGCACCAAGUCCACCACCCACCCUCCCUCGCCUCAGUGGAGCUGGGUGACAGAGUGGGCCGUGGACUUGUCUUUCUCAGGAGGGACAGACAGAGAGGGGUGGCAGUAUGCAGCAGACUUCCCUGUGACGUUUCAUGGCAACAAGAGCCUGAAGGACUUUGUCAGGCGUCGGCGCUGGGUCAGGAAGUGUAAAAUCACCCUGACUGCCCCAUGGCAGGAAGUCCCGCCCAUCCCCCUAAGUGAUAUCACAGUGUUGCCGUGCCUGGCUCAGAGCAGUAUGGAGCAGGUCUCAGUCUGGGGCCUCAGUGACAAGGGGGACGUCCUGUGUCGCCUUGGGGUCACCCCCCAAAACCCUGCGGGUUCCUCGUGGCUCCACGUGGGUACUGACCAGCCCUUCAAGUCCAUCUCCAUCGGGGGAGGUCACCAGGUGUGGGCCAUUGCCAGGGACAGAGCUGUGUUCUACAGGGGCUCAGUGUCUGCCAGAAACCCUGCAGGAGAGUGUUGGUACCACAUCCCUUCCCCACCCAAACAGAGCCUCAGACAGCUGUCUGUAGGGAGAACCUCUGUCUACGCCGUGGACGAAAACAGUAACCUGUGGUACAGACAGGGCCUGACUCCCAGCUACCCCCAGGGCUCAGCCUGGGAGCUCCUCUCCAACAACGUGACCAAAGUCUCAGUAGGACCUCUAGAUCAGGUGUGGGUGAUAGCAGACUUGGUCCCAGGCUGCCCCAGUGAGCUGUCUGUUCCUGGAGCUGUUUGUCACAGGCUGGGGGUGGGACCUAUGCAGCCCAAGGGCCAGUCCUGGGACUACGGCAUCGGGGGAGGAUGGCAGCACAUCAGUGUGAGAGGGAACUCCACAGAGGCUCUACGUGCCACCCCAGUCCUUACUGGAUCCACCCCCCGUAGCCCACUCCCUGCCAAGCCAGUCCUUACUGACACCACCCCCCGUAGCCCACUCCCUGCCAGGCCAGUCCUUACUGACACCACCCCCCGUAGCCCACUCCCUGCCAGGCCAGUCCUUACUGACACCACCCCCCGUAGCCCACUCCCUGCCAAGCCAGUCCUUACUGACACCACCCCCCGUAGCCCACUCCCUGCCAGGCCAGUCCUUACUGACACCACCCCCCGUAGCCCACUCCCUGCCAAGCCAGUCCUUACUGACACCACCCCCCGUAGCCCACUCCCUGCCAGGCCAGUCCUUACUGACACCACCCCCCGUAGCCCACUCCCUGCCAGGCCAGUCCUUACUGACACCACCCCCCGUAGCCCACUUCCUGCUAGGAUACCUUUGUCAAAGGAGAACGGGAACUCUGUGGGUCUGUAGGGUCUCUACUAACCCGCCCCUCCAUCUCUACCCACAGCCCUGUGUGUGCCUGAUUCCAUUUCCAAUACAACCCAGCACAAACAUGGUAAUGUUGGUCUAAAUGUAAAGAGCAUGAAUUGGUUGGUUAUUUAAAUCACUUAGUGCUGGGCUGAAACAUGUUGGCCACCUUUGACCCAGCACUGGAAGUAUUAGUGCUUCUGUCAGUUUAUCCAUUCCACGGUCUGAACUUUAGUGGCAGGUGCUAAGAGAAGUGGUUAGGGUGAGAAAUGGAACCGAGCCUGUGUCCCAUACAACACACGCCACUCCCUUGGACCUCUGUGUAGUCUUGCUUUGUAUGAUUUUGUUUUUGCUUCCUCAUUUGCCUAGUUGACACACCUUGUAUGUAAUGCUUUGGAAUUUGUUUACUGUCAUCUUGGUUUGGCUGCAUGAUGUUGUAGUGGUUGAAGUAGCUUUUUCUUCAGAACUAAAAAUAUCAACUCUAGUCAUAGCUCUGGGCUUCCAUGACAAGGAUUAUUUAAUCAAUUUACAACCAGAUUUUUUUUCCUCAGAUGGUUAAACAAUACAGACCUGAAUAGCAUCUAUUUGCUGUGUUAUGUAUUAACAUCCAGAAUGUUAUGAAUAGGACCAGGAGUUCUGCUUGAGUCACAUGAUCUGCAGAAGCUCCAGGCUCUAGUUAUGACGUGUCCCUGGUGGAUUACUUCAGUAUUCCAUGCAGAUACUGAGGCCGGGAUUCAAACAGCACUGUGCCUACAUUGCAUUACACUAAUGACAAUUUCCUGGAUGUUAGGUGAUGUCAGCUACCUUUAAAGUGCAGCGUAAUGUCUGCGCACGUUUGAAUUCCUGUCUGAGUUUGCUGUGGCCUUGACUGUUGAAGCUGUGAAUAUUCUCUUACAAGGACCGACAACUGAAAUAAAUUCCAAAACAGCUCUGCAACCUUGGGUGUUCUUUGUAUGGGCCUGGAGUUUCACUAUACCUGUACAAACAGAUGUUAUGUAAAGAUCUAUUUAACAUUUUGUUCUACCAAGAUUGGCUAGUUGAGCACAGUGUUACUCAACCAUCAAUCCUAUCAGACAAGCUAUAGAAGUAAAUGUGCAUUUAUUUCCAUAUUAAACAUUUCAUUCAAAUACACUAAGCAUGAUCAUCAAUAUGAAGUAAAAAUAUUACAAUUUGUAAAAUUUACAGUUAUGGACAGAAUGGAUUUUCUUGUUUGUCUUAAGGUGCUUCACAAUAGGAUGUUGAUGUAAUUUUAGGAAGUGUCUGGCGCUAAUAGUAUUACAUACCUGCCGGAGUGGCAGCUUGUAAAAAUGGGAAAGCUGUUCUGACUAGAUGUGCAUUACAUUUCUACACUUCAAAAACAAACACUGAAGUGUACCAUCUAAAUGUUAAUAUCUUUAAAGCUGGUGGACCAAAACUUGCUUUUGGUCCACGAAAAUAUUUCAAAGUGAAAUUGAGCAACCAGUGAGUGAUUUCCACUAGAUGGUAGUCAGAACAGCUUUCCCAUUCAGACAGGAACUCCACAGCAAUCACAAUGCUAGCAGGGUAGUGGCCGUUACAUAUCACUCCUGUUACAGCAGAUAUGGACAUUUUCUCAAAUUACAAUUCAAUCUUGUGUAGCACCUUUCAAUUGAACCGUUGUCAAUUACUGUGAUAUGUUACUCUAAACGACAACCUCAUACCUAGGACUUGAUUCCAUCAUUCCCCAUGUACAGACAAAAUGAAACAUUUAUAUACAUCAGUACAGUUUAACAUUAAGUUAGCCUAAUCAAAUGUGCAAGAUUAAGCAAAUGUAUAUACUGUAGAAUAAAACAGGAUUUCCUUAAAUAAAAUACAGUUCAAGUUUAACUGAAAGAACACAGGCUGCUGGUAGUAGAGGUUAACCUUGUCUAGAACACUGGAGGUGAGGAGAAAAGGUUUAUGUAUCUGAAGACUUAAAUCAGGGGAAACCUUGACAAGUCACUAAACAUCGUUUCAUCUGUGUAGAACCCAUUGAGUCUGGAAGAAGGGUUUGACCUACAGGAACAGAAAGACCAUGAAAAGCUCACCUUGCUGAUCCAGCUAAAUAAUUGUUUAUAUACAUCAUACCGGAGACCGUCCGUUGAGUGGCGCCGGGGUGCUAUGGCAACAAUCCUUAAGGUAAUCUUUACCUUGGCUGUGUCACAUGCAGUAGUCAGUGAGAAUAACCCGUGUAGAAUUGGUUUGACAUAGUAAACCAAACAGAACAGGCAUGUCUGUCUUGGUUGAGUUAAUGUAAGAUCCCUGUACAGUACCAGAGAAAUGAUCUGCAUCCCAAAUAGCACCCUUUAGGGUGCUGUUUGGAACAGUGACACAUCCCUACUGGCUGCUCCUAUUAAACUCAG